UUUACAACUGAAUCUUCACAGCUCAGUUGUCCAAAAUGGCUGGUUGCAGGUUUCUGUGGCAAGCUCUUAGGCAAGCUAAAAGCAGGCCUGCAUAUUCAGCACCAUUUUGUUGUAAUAUAGGGCUAGGGCAAACAAAUGCAAGAGGGUUGGGAUUUGGUGAAAAUUCUCCCAUAAGUUCUCUGUGUCAUGGAAGAACAAGUGGUAGAGAACAAGUUAAGUUAUCUGUAGAGGAGACUAGAAAAUUGUUGAAAGUUAUUAGUCUAGAGGGUCUGAAGAGAGGAAUAGAAGAGAAUGGGAAGGAAUGUGUGUCUUAUAAGGAGCUGUUGGACAUGUGUAAGAAAUGGAGUUUCAAGGCAACUGAUGAGGAAGCCUCUUGCAUUGCUAAAGAACUUGAAGAAGCAGGAGUUGUGCUCAAUUUCAGAGGAAGAGUUUAUCUGCAACCAGAUCAAGUUGCAAGAGCCUUCGGGCAUGUGAUGCCAUUGGAAGUGCCAUCAGAGAAGGAUCCUCAUAGACAAGAAUUCCUACAAUUAAAGAAACAAAAGGUAUUGAUUGAUCAAAUGGCUUGUAAACAAGUAAGGAGAGAGCUCUUUGUUGGCCUUGGAUUUCUAAUUCUUCAAACAGCUGGAUUCUUUCGUCUAACAUUUUGGGAGCUCUCUUGGGAUGUCAUGGAGCCCAUUGUCUUUCAUGUUGCCUCUUUCUAUAUGAUUUGUGGCUAUGCAUUCUUUUUGUUAACUUCAAAAGAUCCUACUUAUGAAGGUUGGUUCAACACUCGCUUCAAAUCUAAGCAAACACAACUCAUGAAAAAGAAUAACUUCAAUCUCCAAAGAUUUAUGCACCUUCAAAAAAAUUAUAAUCCUCACAAUAAGAAUGUACCCUUCUCUACAUAUAAUUAUGUGGGUGAAUCUCUUUUCUUGGGGGUGAGGUAGGGGGCUUAUUUGUGGGGAGGAGUUUUUCCUUGGAUGAGGUUUAAUCUGACAUAGUUCCUUAAGGGACAUAUAGAAAAUCUAUGUAACAAUUAGAUCAAGUGGAGUCUCCAAAGUGUUGUAUUGUAGAUGUUGUAUAGGGCUAUCUUUUAUCAGCCCUAUUUUUCCAUGUAUAAAAAGAAAAAGUCUCCAUGAUGACAUGAUGGUCUAAGUUUAUUUUCAUCAACUACAAAACCUAAUGUAUGUUUUUAUUUGGUCAAUCAAAGGGGAUUAUUUCUAAAAA